AUGAGAAGAAUCAACUAUUUUUAUGAAAUUGGGGACAUACAAAAUAUAUUUUUCUCUGAAGUUGGCACUGGGAUUUCAUUCAACAGCAUCCUCCUCCUCUUCCAUAUCCUCGAGUUUCUUCUUGAAAACAGGCCCCGGACCAUUGACCUGCUCAUCAGUCUCUUGGCUCUCAUCCAUUUUGGGAUGCCAAUGAUCAUGGAGAUCACAGCUGCUGACAUUUUUGCAUCAUGUCAAUCCCUUGUCCACUUGCACAGGUUUCUGAGGGGCCUCUCUCUUUGUGCUACCUGCCUGCUGAGUGUCCUCCAGGCUGUCACCCUCAGCCCCAGAAGCUCCUACUUGGCAAAGUUCAAACAUAAAUCCCCACAGCACAGCCUGUGUUCCCUUCUUGUGCUGUGGGUCUUCUACAUGUCCUGUGGAGCUCACUUCCCAUUCUCCUCUGUUGCUGACUACGUUACCUCACAUGGGCUCACAUCUAUCACUGAAUCCUGCAUUAUUUUACCCAUGAGUUCUAUCAGUAGGCGCUUAAAUUCCAUAGUGAGGAUAUUUUGGGAUGUGUCCCUUAUAGGUCUCAUGGUCCUUUCCAGCGGGUACAUGCUGGCUCUCCUGUGCAGGCACAAGAAGCAGGUCCGGCAUCUCCACAGCACCAGCCUUUCUCCUAAAGCAUCUCCAGAGCAAAGGGCCACCCGGACCAUCCUGCUGCUCUUGAGCUUCUUUGUGGUGAUGUACUGCUUGGACUGCAUCCUAUCUGCCUCCAGACUUAUGCACAGCAGUGACACAAUCUACCACAGUAUUCAGAUGAUGGUCUGCAACAGCUAUGCCACCAUCAGCCCUUUACUGCUAAUUUGUUCUGAAAUGAAUUACUUUUUGAAAUCCUUGGGGGGUGGGCGGGUAGUAAAUGCUUAA